CUUGCAACCCGGGGAAAUCAAAUGAGUUUUCUUCCCAACAGAAAGACGAGAGUUUACAUUGUCUUCGUCGAUCUAAGUAAAUGAUCCCUAGCUAGUGCAAGUAGCUAGUAUUUACCUACAUAUCUAGCUUUUUAAUUAACUGUAUGCGAGAUUUCGAAGAAAGUGAGUACGCAAACCAAAGUAGUAAAUCGCUUCCAGCUAACGAAUGUCUGCUAAUUUCAAUUAAGUGGUGGGAGGCAACCAGCAGUGUGCACCGAUUAUAAAACUGCAAUUAUAUUGAAAUCCAUUCUGCAUGGUGGAUUAUCUGUAUGCCGAACUGACCAGAAUACCUAUACCUGUUGAGAGGCUUUAUGUCAUGGGCUGGCAGUAACUUCAGUUUGGACAUGACAGAACAUGGGCAGCUACAGUGACUUCAGCAGUGACCUCGAAGAGGAGUUGCCUGUGUUUGACUUCCUCCAGCCCGGUCGACACCUCAGCCAAGCCUCCCAGAGCCACGGGGAGAAAGCAGACUUGGUCGACCUGGAUGACUCUGAUGCAGAAGAAGGAGCCACCUCUGUGCCAGCCUUUGCAAAGGGCAAUGUGGGUACAGAUGAUGUAAUGAUGAUCACUAGUGAUUCUGAUGACGACGCACCGUAUGUCCCUCUGGCACAGAGACUCAAACAGAGACGAGACAAUGUGAUUAGUGCCUCCUCCACUAUUACUAAUGGAAAAGAUGCUGAGCAGUGUUUACCAUCCAAUCUAGCGAGCUCACAACUCUCUCACCAGGAUGGCUUUCCAGAAUCAGAGCCCCCGCUUCCGCUCAGCUUCCGUCAGGUGAGAACAGAGAGCCAGAGAGCCUCGGAUGGCCCAGACGAGGCGGCUUCCCUUCAGUGGUGGCUCCUUCCAAAGCCGCUUUCUGGCACUGGGAGCACAGACAUCUCUUCUGCCAAUAGGAAACCUGCCAAGCGUACGGCGGAGGAGAUCCAGGGCUCCAGGGAGGAGGCUCUGAGAAGGAAGCAAGCCAGGGAGAGACAGCGGCAGGACAAGGAGGUGCUUAGGCAGGAACAAGAGAGACAGAAAGCAGAGAAGAAAGCUCUGGCAGAAGCUGCCAAGGCCCUGAGGCCAGAGGAGUGUAUCAAGCACAUGGUGGUGGUUGUGGACCCAGCUCUGUUACAGCUGGAAGGAGGUGGGACUCUGCUGGCGUCAGUGCAGGCUCUGGGUUGUAGCUGCGCCAUAGAGAAACAACCCCUCCCACGCAGUGUCAGCUGGAUGAGGAAGACUCCCUGUGCACAGCCAGAUGAUGGAGCGUGUGUACCAGAGGCGCAUGUUGUGAUGCAGAUGACAGCUGAUGACUUCAUCGCUCUGAUCCACAGCUACACUCAGGAGGAGAGGCAUGGCAUGUCAGACUGUGGUCCCACUCUGACGUCCUGGGUGCAGGCACAGCAGAGGCGUCACCCUGAUAAGAUCCUCAGCCUGGUGGUCAUCGACCUGGAGAAAUACUUCAGGUCCCAGAAGUCUCAAAGCCAGAAGAAGUUUCGAGAGGCCGUGGCCGGUGGGAAGCAAGUGAAGAAGAGGAGGAAGAAUGGUGGAGUGGAGGCGCUGCCUGAGGUGUCGCGAGUUGAAGUAGAGGAGGCUGUGGUGCAUCUCCAGCUGCACACUGGCAUCGCAGUUCGCUUCUUGUCCACCUGGAAGGAUUUCUCGGAUCACAUCACCAUGACGACCAAAGCGGUUGCAGAGGCUCCUUUCAAGCGAGAGAGGGAGAAGACGGGCUUCUCUUUCUACCUUGAGAGUGAGUGGGCGGGGGGGCAGCGGGUGGAUAAAGCUGGGAAAGGGCUGCUGCAGGUGUGGAAGAGACAGAUCCAACAGUUCAACAGAGUCAGUCCAGACAUGGCCUCAGCCAUCCUGGCAGUUUAUCCCUCCCCACAGCUCCUCAAGAAGGCUUACAGUCUUUGCAAGACUGACAGAGAGAAGAUCUCCCUGCUGUCGGACCUUCUGAUUCGCAGAGGAGAGGGCGUCACCUCCACGACUCGACGGGUGGGUCCGGAGCUCUCCAAACGCCUCUUCCUCAUAAUGAACUCCUGCGAUGCUGAGCAGACUCUGGACUCCACUGUCUGACCUUUUUUUCCAGAGAACUUGACCUGACAGUUUGUAAUCUUGUUCCCCACAGCUCUCUACUGUGGCGGUUUCUGUUCACAACAGUACAUUUGGCACUAAGUUGUUGCAAUACCUUUUUUAAAUGUAUAUAAAUAUUUUAUAAAAAUCUUAUGUUUUAUAAAAAUGUAUCAGCUUUGAAGAGGAUUGUCAUUAAGUAAUCAUUUUUAUGAAACAUCAGAUAUUAUUAAGGGAAAUUCAAUUUUUUAAAAUCAGAUUCGGGAAUUUGCAACUCUGGCAAACCCCCCCCCCCCCAAAAAAAAAACAAACAAACAUAAAUUGGGC